AUGACACACGCCCUGGGCACCGCUGAAGGGUGGCUGGGCCUGGGCCAGGCCUUGCUGUGGCGACCAGGGCCCCAAGGCUCUGGCAUGCAUGUGGCGCCGUCGCCCCCAAAGGGGCAUUUCUUCUUCUCCUCCUCCUCCUCCUUGCAGGGCCCCGGCCCGGGCUCUCUGGAGGUUGAGGUCCCUGUCAGCCUGUGGCAGUGUCCUGCCUCCAGCUGCAGGGAUGAAGACUUUGGGAGACCCAUUGUGGCCGCUGCACUUGCCAGAGUGCGUCUCGAAAUGGCCUGGCCCUGGUGCGUUUGCCUCCCCGGCGGAUCAGCAGGCAAACAUGGGGGCAACCUCCACUGUUGCCCUCUGUGUGAGCUGCAUGGCUUUGGUCGCAGUAAUGUUAAUCCACCGUCAGACUUGAAUUUUACAAUUAUAGAUGAACAUAAUGUUCAAAUGUCAUGGAAAAGGCCACCAGAUGCAAUAGUGGGUUACAGGAUAACUGUGGUUCCAACAAAUGAUGGGCCUACUAAAGAAUUUACUCUUUCACCUAGCACUACCCAAACUGUCUUAUCAGAUCUUAUACCUGAUAUAGAGUAUGUUGUAUCAAUAGCUUCAUAUGAUGAAAGAGAGGAGAGUCUACCUGUUUUUGGCCAACUGACAAUUCAGACAGGUGGUCCAGGGAUACCAGAGGAAAAGAAGGUUGAGGCUCAAUUACAAAGAUGCUCCAUAAGUGCAAUGACAGAUUUAGUUUUCCUGGUAGAUGGUUCAUGGAGUGUAGGGAGAAGUAACUUCGGAUAUAUUCUGGAUUUCAUGGUUGCCCUUGUAUCAGCUUUUGACAUUGGGGAAGAAAAGACGAGAGUUGGAGUUGUUCAGUACAGUUCAGACACAAGAACAGAGUUCAAUUUAAAUCAGUAUUUCAGAAGAAGUGAUCUUAUUGAUGCAAUUAAAAGGAUACCUUACAAAGGUGGCAACACAAUGACAGGUGAGGCUAUUGAUUACCUGGUUCAGAACACCUUCACUGAGUCUGCUGGAGCAAGAAAAGGCUUUCCCAAAGUAGCAAUUGUCAUUACUGAUGGAAAAGCUCAAGAUGAAGUUGAAAUUCCUGCAAGAGAGCUUCGCAACAUAGGAGUUGAAGUAUUUUCUUUGGGAAUCAAAGCAGCAGAUGCAAAGGAACUCAAGCUAAUUGCAUCUCAACCUUCGCUGAAGCAUGUGUUCAAUGUGGCUAAUUUUGAUGGAAUUGUGGAUAUACAGAAUGAAAUUAUCUUGCAAGUGUGCUCUGGUGUUGAUGAACAACUGGGUGAACUGGUUAGUGGAGAAGAAGUGGUGGAACCUCCUUCAAAUCUGGUGGCCACUCAGAUCUCCUCAAAAUCUGUUCGUAUCACUUGGGAUCCAUCCACAAGCCAAAUAACUGGCUAUCGGCUGCAGUUCAUUCCAAUGAUAGCUGGUGGAAAACAACAUGUACUGAGUGUGGGUCCUCAGACUACUGCUCUGAAUGUUAAAGAUCUCUCUCCAGACACAGAGUAUCAAAUUAAUGUUUAUGCAAUGAAAGGACUGACCCCCAGUGAGCCAAUAACAAUAAUGGAAAAAACACAACAAGUAAAAGUUCAAGUGGAAUGCUCACGUGGUGUGGAUGUAAAAGCUGAUGUUGUGUUUUUAGUGGAUGGUUCCUACAGCAUUGGUAUCGCCAAUUUUGUUAAAGUAAGAGCCUUUUUGGAAGUGUUAGUUAAAAGCUUUGAGAUAUCGCCUCGAAAAGUACAGAUAAGUCUUGUCCAGUACAGCAGAGAUCCCCAUAUGGAGUUUUCUUUGAACAGAUACAACAGAGUGGAAGACAUAAUUCAGGCUAUUAACACCUUCCCCUACAGAGGUGGAUCUACCAACACAGGCAAAGCGAUGACAUAUGUGAGGGAGAAAGUAUUUGUUACCAGCAAAGGAUCAAGACCAAAUGUGCCAAGAGUCAUGAUUCUUAUUACUGAUGGAAAAUCAUCAGAUGCUUUUAAAGAACCUGCAAUAAAGCUGAGGGAUGCAGAUGUAGAAAUAUUUGCAGUUGGUGUGAAGGAUGCAGUGCUGGAAGAUUUUGAUGCAUUUCAAAGAAUAUCAUUUGAACUUACACAGUCUGUCUGCCUGCGGAUUGAGCAGGAACUGGCUGCUAUAAGGAAAAAAUCUUAUGUACCUGCAAAGAAUAUGAUCUUUUCUAAUGUAACAUCUGACAGUUUCAAAGUGAGCUGGUCUCCAGCUGGAUCUGAAGUUUUGUCCUAUCUCAUUAAAUAUAAAGUAGCAGUCGGUGGAGAUGAAUUCAUUGUUUCAGUACCAGCUUCAAGUACUAGCUCAGUUCUCACCAACUUACUACCUGAAACUACUUACGCAGUCAGUGUGAUUUCUGAAUAUGAAGAUGGUGAUGGCCCUCCCUUGGAUGGAGAGGAAACCACCUUAGAAGUUAAAGGUGCUCCUAGAAACUUAAGGAUAACAGAUGAAACUACUGAUAGCUUUGUAGUUGGCUGGACUCCAGCUCCAGGAAAUGUCCUACGGUACAGGCUUGUAUAUAGACCACUUACUGGAGGAGAAAGAAGACAAGUGACUGUCUCAGCAAAUGAUAGAUCAACUACUCUGCAGAACUUGAUCCAAGAUACAAGAUACGAAGUGUCUGUUAUUCCUGAGUAUCAGUCUGGGCCUGGAAAUUCACUGAAUGGAUAUGCAAAAACUGAUGAAGUCCGAGGAAAUCCAAGAAAUUUGAGAGUUUCUGAUGCUACAACAUCAACAAUGAAGCUGUCUUGGAGUGCUGCUCCUGGCAAAGUGCAGCAGUACUUUAUAACAUACACUCCAGUCCAAGGAGGUGAAACUAAGGAAGUGACUGUGAAAGGUGACACUACCUCUAAAGUGCUGAAAGGCUUAGACCAAGCCACUAGGUAUGCAUUGACUGUGUCUGCCUUGUAUGCCUCUGGAGCAGGAGAGGCCCUUUCUGGAGAGGGAGAAACACUUGAAG